AUGCGGGUUCUAUGUGUGGCUGAAAAGCCAUCCAUCUCCAAGGCUGUGGCUGGCCAUCUCUCCGGUGGCCAAUUCCAGACCGUGAGUCUACAUGCGCAGCUGCACCAGACAGGGGAACGACUAACACCAGCACGCUGCGCCCUCCAGCACAACACUCGCAACCAAUACAUAAAGAAUUACGCUUUUGACUUUGAUUUUGGGCCACCCUACGGCCAAUGCCCCGUCACCAUGACUUGUGUAACUGGGCACCUCACCAAUCUCGAGUUCACCGCCGAGCAUAAGAAUUGGAGCUUCCCGCCGCCAGAGUCGCUCUUCAAUGCGCCGGUCGUUAGCAGUGUAUACGAUGACAAGAAGAAUAUUGCGCAAAAUUUGGCCGAACAAGCCAGGUUUGCCCGCCUCCUCGUCAUCUGGACGGAUUGCGAUCGCGAAGGAGAGCACAUUGGCCAGGAAAUUGUUGAUGCUGCGAAAAAAGGCAACAGUCAAAUCCAGGUCAAGCGUGCUCGUUUCAGCAAUGUCGAAAGGGCACACGUUUUAUCUGCUGCUACUCGACUUAUAAAUCUCGACGAGAAGCAAGUAAACGCCGUCGCAGCACGAAUAGAGCUGGACUUGCGCAUCGGCUACGCCUUCACGCGAUUCAUGACCAACAAUCUACGGCCACUAGGUGGACCGAUGGAAAAUCUGACUUUGAGUUAUGGUUCAUGUCAAUUUCCUACUCUUGGAUUCGUUGUGGACCGCUACUUUCGGGUUAAGAACUUUGUCCCAGAACCAUUCUGGAGCAUCAAAGUUACCGAAAGCAGGGAAGGAAAGCAGGCUCUCUUUACCUGGUCACGCACUCGACUUUUCGACCGUAUGACGACCGUCAUUCUCUAUGAAAGAUGCCUGGAUGCCAAAAUGGCCAAGAUUACCAGGGUUCAGGAAAAGCCAACACGCAAGUACAAGCCACUGCCGCUGACCACUGUUGAGCUUCAGAAGGCAGCUACUCGAUUGCUCCGAAUGAAUGGUCAGCAGGCUAUGACGAUUGCCGAGACGCUAUACAACAAAGGAUUCAUAAGCUACCCAAGGACGGAGACGGACCGCUUCGACAAGGGCAUGAACCUGCGAGCAUUGGUGCAGAAGCAGACACCGGACCAGCGCUGGGGCGGAUUUGCGCAAGACCUCGUAAACGGCGGUUUUCAGCAGCCGCGCGAAGGGAGACACGAUGAUAAAGCGCACCCGCCUAUCCACCCCAUCACUUAUGCCGCACCGAGUGUGUUGAGCUACGACGAAGGCCGGCUGUACGAGUAUGUAGUGAGACGGUUUCUCGCAUGCUGCUCAGAAGAUGCCAUGGGUUCUGCAACGGAAAUCGACCUGCAGUACGGCGAGGAGUUGUUUAGCGCUCAUGGCGUCAGGGUGCUUGAGAGAAACUACCUCGACGUCUACAUAUAUGAGACAUGGAAUGACUCGGCAGAGCUGCCUAAAUUCACCGUAGGAGAGCAAUUCGAGCCAACAGAGGCUAUUAUGGCAGAGGGCAAGACGGGACCGCCAUCAUAUCUUACCGAAGCAGAUCUCAUUGCGUUGAUGGAUGCCAAUGGCAUUGGCACAGACGCAACAAUGGCGGAGCACAUCCAAAAAAUCCAGGACCGGGAAUACGUGGCGACGAUUGACCGUUCUGGUACUGCGGAGGCCGGCAACAAUGACGAGGACGACUCGGACGGCGCGGAGGCGGGUAGAGGCGGACGAGGCCGUGGGCGUGGCCGCGGCCGCGGAAGAGCUGGACGUGGCGGCGGCAGAGCGACGGGACGAGGCAGGAGAGGAGGCGUCAAGGUGUUUGUGCCUACUCAGCUUGGCGUCGCGCUGAUUCUCGGCUUUGACCGGAUGAACUUUGAGACGAGCCUGGGUAAGCCGUUUCUACGAAAGGAGAUGGAGCUCAAGAUGAAGGCGAUAUGCGAUGGCCGGCUCAGCAAGGAUGUCAUGCUACGGGAGAGCAUCUCGCAAUACCGAGAAGUCUUUAUGCAGUCUCAAGAGAGGCUGAACGUGUUGAAGCGAGCGUGUCGAGAGUUUGUAUUUGGUCAGCCCGUAUAG